CUACCGGCGGGUUGAUCAAUCAGCGUGCAGCGAGGCUGUGAGAGACAGUAGCGGCAACCAAUCAGCACAUAGGCUUCUUCGGGCUUCGCACUCGCGCCGCCGAUUGCGGCCGUUACUGGUGGCGCGCGGGGGGACUCAAAGUAGGUAUGAAGACACUGGGAGACGUUGGGCCAGGAGGGACCCCCUGAGGUGGGGAUCAAAGAUGGUGGCCCACUGAAUUGAAGCGAGGGGUCAGGGACACCCCUGAGUUCUGCAGUCAUAAGGACGGCGUUGGUCCUGUCUCUAGAGGAGGUGUCCUGCUUUCCCCGCCUGACACCCGUCACUCUCUAGGGUAGCAUCGGAGUGAAGUCCGUGCUAUUUUGACUUUUCAUCUCCUUUCGUUUGUUCUUCUCAUCAGUAGACUCGGUGAUGUAACACUCUGGAAGGCACGGUUAAUCUUAUGUUCGGUUCGUGAAUGCAGCCCAAGUACUUCGUAGCAGAUCAUGGAGGACACCCAGGUUAUUAACUGGGAUGUUGAAGAAGAGGAGGAGACAGAGAAACCCAAUGAACCAUUGGGGUAUAACUUGGAGCCCCUAGGACGACUGCGUAUCUUCAGUAGUGUCCAUGGACCAGAAAAAGAUUUCCCACUAUACCUCGGGAAGAAUGUGGUAGGCCGGAUGCCUGAUUGCUCUGUGGCCCUGCCCUUUCCAUCCAUCUCCAAACAACAUGCAGUGAUUGAAAUCUUCGCCUGGGACAAGGCACCUGUCCUCCAGGAUUGUGGGAGCCUCAAUGGUACUCAAAUCCUGAGGCCUCCUAAAGUCCUGAGCCCGGGGAUGAGUCAUCGUCUGAGGAACCAGGAGUUGAUUCUCUUUGGUGACUUGCCCUGUCAGUAUUAUCGCCGGGAUGUCUCCCUGCCCUUUGUCUCCCGGGGCCCUCUAACUGUAGAGGAGACACCCAGGGUUCAGGGAGGAACUCAAUCUCGGGGGCUUCUGUUGGCUGAGGACUCCGAGGAGGAAGUAGAUUCUCUUGCUGAAAGGUAUGUGGAGAAUGAACCAAGUGCCACAUCCUCCACUUUGGCAACAGUAGUUCCAGAGAGUGAUGAAGAGGGGCAUUCGCCUGCCCAGGAUGGCCCUGGGCCACCUUUUGCUUUCAACUUGGACAGUGACACAGAUGAAGAAGAAAACCAGCUACCAGCAGCAAGGGAGGCCUCCUCGACUACAGAGGCAGAACAGCCUAAAACUGAAGGAGGCACAACUGAAACCCAAAUUGGAAAGGAUCAACAUUCAGUGAAGGACAGGGACAAUGAGACGGAAGUUGAGGGGGGUGCAAGAACUGGGGUGGUUCCAUUUGGGGUGAAUGUUGAGAGGAGCCAACCUGCAGGGGAGGACAGUGACACAGAUGUGGAAGGUGAGGGCACGGCCACUGGAGGACCAGCGGAGGUGCGUUUGGAAAUGACCCAGCCUUGUGGCUUCAUAGAAAGUGAUACUGAUGUGGAAGAAGAGGGGAUGCCCGUGACCCCAGCUGUAGUUCCUAUGAAGAAAAGACAGUUCUUCCAUGGAGUUAGUACAAAGAGUCCUGGGGUACCUGGCUUAGCACAUGGGCAGAAGAGUCCCACUAGUAGUGAUACAGAUGUGGAGGAGGGUGAGGAUCCAGUAACGGUCCCUCUGGAGAGAAGCAGAGCUUCCAUUGUGAUCGACAGCAAUACAGAUGACGAGGAAGAGGUCUCCGCAGCGCUCACUUUGGCUUGUCUGAAAGAGAGUCAUGCCGCUACCUGGAAUAGAAAUCCAGAAGUAAAAGAACACAGGCCCCAACCAGGGGUCCUGAAGCAAAGCCAAAUCUCCCCUGGGAGAGACAGUGACACAGACUUGGAGGAAGAGGGGGUCUCAGUGAAAAAGAGAGAGACUAUCCCUAAAGGUCAUAAAGACACGGCACAUUCAGAAAAGAGCCAACCACCUUUUGGAGACAAUGAUGUAGAGAUGGAGGAAGAUAACAGCUCACCCAGGGUCCACCUGGACAGUAGCCGGGCUUCUGCCACAGAUGCAAAGCAUCAGGUGCAUGUGGCGUGGACAAAUAAAAUAGAUGUGGAAGCAGAUGGGAGCCCAACAAAGCUGCCUGUGCUGCAUCUAGGGGAGACCCAGGCUCCUCCAGCUGAGGACUGUGAAACAGAUGCAGAAGAAGGCACAGCCUUAGAAUUCUCGGUGGUGGCAGGUAUAAGAAGGAGCCAGCUUCCAGCACAGGGGAUGAUAGAACAGGCUGCAGCCGUCCUGGAGCAGGGGAAGGCACUUGAGAAAGGGGUCCGGGGAAGGUCACCUGUGCCACAAGGGAAGCAAGAUGUUCCUGUCUCAAAGGGCACGGGCACUCCAGGGGCACCCACCCAGCCACAGAGAGCAGGAACUCAGACCCCCACAGGAAAGGAGAGAGAAUUGCAUGUGCACGGGACCAAGGACUCUGGAGACAACCAUGAUGAUUCUGAAGAUCUGGACUUGCAGGCUACACAGUGCUUUGUGGAGAGAGAGAAUCAGAGCCUGGAAGCAGUCCAGCACAUGGAGGAUGAACCCACCCAGGCCUUCCUGUUCAGCCACACCCAAGAGCCCGGCCCUUCUCAUUGCAGCUUCCAGACCCCAGCCUCUCUUUCUGACUCAUCACUGCCAGGUGCCUUGGAUGAGCCAUGGGAGGUGUUGGCUACACAGCCAUUCUGUCCAAGAGAGUCUGAGGCCUCUGAGACCCAGCCCAUUGCUGCCUACCUUGAGGCCCAUGGACCUUGUGACAGUUCACUGCAAGGCCAACAUCCAGAGAGCCCAGUUCACACACAGCCAUUGGGGAUUCAAGGCCACUUGAAUUGCAAGAUGCCACCUAGUGAGGAGGCUUCCAGGGAAUCCCCAGAUGUUUGUCUGCCUCCUGCAGUGCCUGAAGCCUCAGCCUCACUCCAAAGCCAAAAAAAUCCUGUACCUCAACCCAUCCUUUCUCCCGCUCCAACUUCCUUAGAGCUGCCCAUUCCCAGGACCAGGCAAAAUGAGAGUCAGGUAGCUCCAGAGACUCCCGUGUCCUUAGAGCUGGAGCUACACCAUCCAGAACCCAAAGUUAGGUGCCAGAGGUCUGCCAGGAUGACUGCCACUCCAGUUUCUUCUCUUGCCCUUGAGCCCCACCUUGCCACCCCCACAGACCAGCCCGUCAAGUUUGAGCCCCCAACUCAGGUCUCUCAGGUUAGAACUCGGAGAUCUUCUGUAAAGACGCCUGAGCCAGUUUUCCCCACAGAACCCCAGCUCCAGCCUUCCACUUCCAAAGACCAGCCUGCCACUCCCAAACCCACAUCUCAGACCACUCAGUGCAGGACACAUAGGUCCUCUGUCAAGACCCCUGAACCAGGUAUCCCCAUAGCCCCCGAACACCAGACUUCCACCUCCACAGACCAGCCUGUCACCCCUGAACCCACAUCUCGGGCCAUUCGGGGCAGGGCACAUAGGUCCUCUGUCAAGACCCCUGAACCAGGCGUCCUCACAGCCCCUGAGCUCCAGCCUUCCACUUCCAAAGACCAGCCUGUCGCCCCUGAACUCACAUCUCGGGCCACUCGGGGCAGAGUACAUAGGUCUUCUGUCAAGACCCCCAAACCAGGUGUCCCCACAGCCCCUGACUUCCAGCCUUCUACCCCCACAGACCAGCCUGUCACCCCUGAGCCCACAUCUCGGGCCACUCGGGGCAGGACACACAGGUCCUCUGUCAAGACCCCUGAACCAGUAGUCCCCGUAGCCCCUGACCUCCAGCCUUCUACCCCCACAGACCAACCUGUCACCCCUGAACCCACAUCUCGGGCCACUCGGGGCAGGGCACACAGGUCCUCUGUCAAGACCCCUGAACCAGGCGUCCUCACAGCCCCUGAGCUCCAGCCUUCCACUUCCAAAGACCAGCCUGUCACUCCUGAACUCACAUCUCGGGCCACUCGGGGCAGAGCCCAUAGGUCCUCUGUCAAGACCCCUGAACCAGAUGUUCCCACAGCCCCUGACCUCCAGCCUUCUACCUCCACAGAUCAGCCUGUCACAUCAGACCAGCCUGAGCCCACAUCUCGGGCCACUCGGGGCAGGACACACAAGUCCUCCGCCAAGACCCCUGAACUAGGUGUCCCCACAGCCCCUGAGCUCCAGCCUUCUACUUCCAAAGACCAGCCUGUCACCCCUGAACCCACAUCUCGGGCCAUUCGGGGCAGGACACAUAGGUCCUCUGUCAAGACCCCUGAACCAGGUGUCCCCACAACCUCUGAGCUCCAGCCUUCUACUUCCAAAGACCAGCCUGUCACCCCUGAGCCCACAUCUCGGGCCAUUCGGGGCAGGACACACAGGUCCUCCGUCAAGACCCCUGAACCAGGUGUCUCCACAGCCCCUGACCUCCAGCCUUCCACUUCCAAAGAUCAGCCUGUCACUCCUGAACCUAUAUCUCGGGCCACUCGGGGCAGAGCACAUAGGCCUUCUGUCAAGACCCCUGAACCAGGUGUCCCCACAACCUCUGAGCUCCAGCCUUCCAUCCCCACAGAUCAGCCUGUCACCCCUGAACCUAUACCUCGGGCCACUAGAGGCAAGACGCAUAGAUCUGUCAAAACCCCCAAACCAGUUAAUCCUACAACCCCUGAGAUCCAGCUUUCUGUCUCCAAAGCUCAGUCUGUCAGCCCUCAGACUGCUCAGGGCAGGACUCAUAGGCCCUCUGUGAAGAACCCCCAGCCCAUUGUACCCACAUCCCCUGAUAUUGAACCUCCUGCCUCUGCAGACCAGAUUGUCUCUCCCAAGGCCAUAGAUCAGGGUCAGAGCAGGACUCUAAGGUCUUCUACAGCAAAUGCUGUGCCCAUUCCUGAAGUCCAGUCUCCUGUCCCCACAGAACAACCUAUUCCCCAGGAGUCUAUCCCUCAAGCCAAUGGAAGCAGGAAGCCGAGGGCCACUAGGAAACAUGGGUCCCUCACAGUUUCCUAUGUCCCUGAACCCUGCCCUGCACCCCCUGAACCUAACUGCCAGUCCUCAAGGAACCAAAGGCGGGGAGCUGUGAGAGCAGCUGAGGCCUUUAGUGCCACAUCUGAGCCUGUCUCUGCCCAGCCUCCUAAGACAUCCACUCAGGGUCCCCAUAUCCAAAAGGCAGAGGCAGCAGAUAGCACUGAGCUCACCCUAGAGACCCGUCCCAAGGCUUCUCAAAGCUGCAAGAGGCCUUUAGAUACCAUGGACUCUCCCCCACCUCAAAAACGACUCCAAAGAGGGGAAGUGCCACAGGAGACAAUAUUCUUCAAGGAAGAGGAAGAAGAUGCUGCAGAGAGGCCAAUGAAGGACGAGUCCCAGCAUGUAGCAAUACCAGGACCAGUCAAGAGAAAGAGAGACCAAACUGAGGAACCCAAGGGAAUAUCUAGCCGCAGCCUCCGACGGGCCAAACCUAACCAAGACUCCACAGCCCCCAAAGUGCUGUUCACAGGCGUGGUGGAUGCGCGAGGAGAGCGGGCGGUGCUGGCGCUGGGGGGCAGUCUGGCCAGCUCAGUGACAGAGGCUUCCCAUCUGGUGACUGAUCGAAUCCGCCGGACAGUCAAGUUCCUGUGUGCCCUGGGGAGAGGGAUCCCCAUCCUCUCCCUGGACUGGCUGCACCAGUCCCGCAAGGCCGGUUCCUUCUUGCCCCCGGAUGAAUACGUGGUGGCUGAUCCUGAACAGGAGAAGAACUUUGGCUUUAGUCUUCGGGAAGCCCUGCGCCGGGCUCGGGAACAAAGGCUGCUGGAGGGCUAUGAGGUCCAUGUCACCCCAGGAGUCCAGCCCCCGCCACCUCAGAUGGGAGAGAUAAUCAGCUGCUGUGGAGGCACCGUCCUACCUAGUAUGCCCCGGUCCUAUAAGCCUCAGCGAGUUGUGAUCACAUGCUCCCAGGACUUCCCUCGGUGCUCCAUUCCUUGUCGCGUUGGGCUGCCCGUCGUCUCACCUGAGUUCCUGCUGACAGGAGUGUUGAAGCAGGAAGCCAAGCCAGGGGACUUCAUCCUCUCUGCUUCGGAAAUGUCAUCCACCUGAAAACACUACCCCAAGCCCACUUCUCUCCCAGGCCAGUAAAUAAAGUUCAGAAAAUAUUUGGAAGAAAACUUAGGGCUUUAGAAAGGACUGGGCUAUUCUGAUCUUAUUAGCCUUGGAACAUGAAUGGGCUCAAAAAUGUUUAUGGGUAAAACAAAGAUAGGGAGAUUAGGAGCCACAGAUUUUUUUGUAAUGGCCAUUUAAAGUUGGCGAAUCCCAGGCUCCGAUGUUUCGAAUGGCUGCUCCUAUUUAGCUGAACCGAUGUGCUAAUGCUCGGUGGCACACACAUCCCUGCCCCCCCAUUUGAAAACCAUCUUUCUUUCCUAUUUGUUAACUGGGAUUCUUACUCAUCUUCUGAAACAUAGUGGGACCAAUUUUAGUGUCGGGAACUUGAAGGGAUGUUUGGAGUGAGUAAAUUUGAGGAUGGCGUUAUGGAAUGCUACUGAAAUAUUUCCCACUCUUCUGGACCUGUCUUAUUAGAGGCAUACGUUAGCCUUGACUUUGAACAAGUCUGCACUUUUAUGCCCACCUUUUCCAGUAUUUAUAACAUUAGAGCUUAUGUUUAGCUUCUGUGAUAAAUUUUCACUCUGUGCCUUAUGGUAUAAUGUAUUUUCUAUGUAACAUUUCUUAUAAUUUUUGAAGUUGGUUGGUUACAAGAAUGUGGAGAAAUUGGAACCCUUACUUACUACACAUUGCUGGUAGGAAUGAAGAAUGUUUCAGGCUGUGGUAAACAAUUCAACAGUUUUUCACAUAGUUAAACAUAGUUACCAACCAUGUGACCCAGCAAUUCCACUCUUGCUAAGAAUUAAAAUAGGUCUUCAAAACAAAUAACUGUAUUCAAUGUUCAUAUCCAGUAUUCAUAGUGAUACUUUUUGUAACAGCCAAAAGAUAGAAACCACACAAAUGGGUGAGAGGAUGUGGGAUACCAUAGGAUUAGCCAUCAGAAGAGAUGAAGCACUGAUCAACGUUUGGAGGAUGACCCUCAGAAGCAGGUUGCUAAGUGAAAGAAGCCAGACAAAAGAUCACAUUGUAUGCUUCACUACUUUAAAUUACCCAGAAUAGGUGAGUCUGUAGAUACGGAGAGUAGAUUGGUGGUUGCCAGGGUCUGGGGCAGGGGUAGGGGAAAUAGGAGGUGACUGCUCAAUGGAUCUAGCCCUUCUUCAGGUUAUAGGGUAUGAUUUGGUGCUGAUGAAUGGGCUUUGGAACUAGAUGGAGAUCUGCACAUUGUGAAUGUGCCACAUAACACUGAAUUGUUCUCAGAUGGUUCAUUUUAUAUGAACUUCACAAAAAAAAUUUGGAAAUUUGGCUUUGUGCCCUUUUCUAUAAGUUAUACUCAGGUUUCGAAAGCUGGGGUGUAGUAGAAAUAGCAUGAACGUUGUCAAAUAUUGUGCUGGUUUUUGAAUAUAUCAAAUCUCAUAUAUUAAGCACAGCCAUUGUGGGUGUGGCACACAGUAGGACCCAAAGUACUCUUGGACAACUCAGAGCCUUGAAAGUCUUGUGCUAUGUGAAGCUACGGGGACAUGGGUCCCUGAGGGCCACAGUAUUCCUAGCAAUACCUGCGGUGCUAUUACCCUAUUUAGCACUCAAGCUCCUAAAGAACAGGGAUUUUCCUCAUACUUCCAGUGAGCCCCAUAACAUAUUGCACGCUGUAUAAGAGUGUCUGUGGGUCAGCAUCCCUGCAAGAAACAAUGGCACAGUCAAAUCAGGAUAAUUUGGAAGAGUUCAGUAAAAUGGAAAUUAACAAGUAAGUGGACAAGAUGCAGAGAAAUCACAAAGACUGUUGCAGGACCCUGGUAUCCAGAGUUCUCUUUUUAACCACUUCUCUAAAGCCAAAAGGAUGAAAAGCCUUAUGUAGUGAGGGUUCCCCCAUCAAGGCUAUGUUCUUCACUGAUCAUCCAUGCAGGACAACUUCCUGUGUGACUCUGAAGGGAAAAUAGCUGAUACAGUACACACUAGCAUUAAUUCAGAGGAGGGUGGGCAGAGAAGGAGCCCGCAGAGAAGGAAUGUGGAGCCUGUGGGAUGAUGCUUGGCAGUUUUCUCAUCCCUGAGUCCACUCAACUAGCAGUUCUCAUCUGGGGAAAUUUAUCACUUUGGGUAUGUUUCUUCUGCCUGUAAAUUGCAGGAACUAGCAGUGUCUAAGGUGUGACUAGAUCACAUGUCUUUAGCUGCCUGAUCUUUCUGAUGGAGAAAACCUUACUUUUACUCUGCUGUUUAGAUAUGAAUGUUAGUCUGCAGGUAUUACAAAGAGGUCUACAGGGAAAGUGUGUUAAAACAACAGGUCUUUGUAGCUUCUGUUAAGUAAAUGGAAUCAAACUAAUGAGGCUGCAGAGUCAAGUCCUGCAGUUCCUGAUCACAAACUUGGAUAAAAUUAACCUACUGCAGGCACUCCCUGGUGGCACAAGGGGUUAAGACGCAACCUAUGAAGCUGUUUGCGGCCACGGCAGCAUGAGUUCGAUAUGGCGCAGCAGACCUCUCCCGUCUCACCUGCUGCUCCCCUCAGCAGUGUAUUUCAGUCUGCCUGUUCUGUUCCCCACACUAUCUCUGGUGAAUCCUCUCACCCCCACACCUCUGGCCUGUACCCCAGUUCUUGUAUGCAUAAAUAAAUAAAUCUUUUUUAAAAAUUAACCUACUGCAAAGUUUACAAGUGUAAUAAAGUUUCUGUCACAAAUAAUUUAGUAUUUUUAUAUCUGGUUAACAAAUCACCUGCCUUUAGUAUUAUGAGAACAGAUCUUUCUGUAUUACAGAGUUGUUCUCUGCCCUUCUUAGUAAGUGGAGAGGCAACAGUGCUACGUGCAGAAUAAGCAUCUAUUUUUUUUUUUGUGGUAAAAUAGUCACUGUUUUCAAUCUACAAGACAUGAAAGGUCAGAGCUUUGGGGUCUCAACCUGGGCCAACAAUCUCAAUUUCUCUCACCUAGGUUUAUUGAAGUGUUAAGGGGAGGGGGUCCUGCCUGGUGGCACAAGGGGUUAAGUCGCAGGACUAUGAAGCCAUCUGCAGCACGAGUUGGAUCCCGACCCACAAUGCACAGCAGACCUCUCGUCCCUCCUGCUGCUCCCUCAGCAGUGUAUUUCAGUCAGUCUGCCUGUUCUGAUACCCACUCUGUCUCUGGUGAACCCUCUCACCUCCCCGCACCCCUGGCCUACACGCUAGUUC